AUGAACACUUGGAAGGACGAUCCUAACGGUUCGCAAAUUGGACAGAGUGCCCCAGUUCCCGCCGCUCCGUCUCAGGCGACCCAGAAGGACACUAGUGAACCCUCGGCCACCGAACCACUAUCGAGGUCGGACGCUACAGGUCUUCAGAGGACUCGGGUAGGUUUACAUAGAAUUGACCAAUAGAUAUGCGGAAAUCAAAGUUCAAGAAUAAAGAAAUUAGGCCGUGGCCUAUAGGAUCUUCUGGCCGUUAUAAUGGGUAUUCUGGCUGUCGACUAGUCUCUGCAGUAUCGCAGAUAGGCAAAACGAAAUAACCAAUGGUCAAGCAAAAACUUUUGACCUAGUUUGGCGUGAUACAAUAGGAUUAACGGUUCAAAAUGCCCUAGAACUAUAGGAUUAGAUAAUAUAAAUGGCGAACUUGCACGUGCCAGCCUAUGGGAACGUCGGCCAUUGUACUAGCGAUCUGCUAGCAAGCUUAGCCUAAAUAGCAAAAUUGGAAACACAUUUGCCCGAUCUUUACAGGUCGCAUUUUAAGCUGCAGAAAAAGUUGGCCGAAAGGAAAUCAGACGAAGGCUUCCUAUAGAGUUGCGGCUGGGGUGGUGCUUUCGGGCACUGUCGAGAAAUACGAACUUAACGAUCAUCAGCUAAGAUGUUUAUGUACAUGCUGACACAAUUGAGUUAGUGGCGGAGAGUUGCGUCUGCCACGUAUCUAUUGAUGUCUUCGUAUUACUUCAUUUACUGUUGUAAGAGCUGACUCUUUCCUUUUUAGAUAAAAAUGGAGAGAUCAAGGGUUUACCAAACUAAAGAGAAUUACCAUGACCUAGACGACGUAAAAAAUUAACCCUAAGGAAACCAACAUGAAAGAAAAUGACCUCUGCUGUUCUGUUUAUAUGGCAGAAAAAAUAAAUAGACAUCGCUCUACAGGUAUGGAAGACUAUGUCUACUGCUUCAAGCACUCGUAUUUUGAAGCAUUUGAGGAAAUUUUCCAGUCGACCUAACAUCAUGACCAUGGGUGACUUCAACGCACUAGGCAUUAACUGGAACACGCUCCAAGCGUCAGGUCAAAAAUCGACAUUCGAUUACCGUCUGUUGAACAAAGCGCUAAGGGCGCUCCUCACACAACAUGUACUGUUUCCAACCAGAACACGUGAAGGACAAAAAAUGAACUCCCUGGCUACGGUUUUAACGAAAUUACCAGACAGCAUAGACGAGGUCAUCAAACCCCCUUAGUACGGACUACCGAUGGCGUUGAGAUUGCUGAUAGUAGGGAUAAAGCGAUGUGUUCUUCAAAUUUUUUCCGAUUAGUCUACACAAACGAGGCAAGGUUCCUUCCUCCCUCCACAGAAGAACUGCGGACCCCAAGCGUCAGUACUAUACUCUUCUCAGAAGGCAUUGUCCGGAGAGAAUUAUAGGCAUUGAACGAAUCGAAGUCGCCAGGACCAGACGAGAUUCCAACCAAGCUUCUGAAGGAACUUGACAGUGAGCUUUCUGUGCCUCUGUCUAUGCUCUUUCAAACGUCAUUUGACACUGGAAAACUUCCUAUCGAUAUUACUCCGCUAUACAAGGGAGGUAGCAGAGCACCGACGACAAACUACAGGCCCAUAAGCUUAACGUGUAUUGUCUGCAAUGUUAUGGAAAUGAUCAUAAAGAGUGAACUGAUGCAUUUCCUGGAAGUUCACUGCCUGCUAUCGAAAUGCCAAAAUAGGUUCAGGAAGGGAAGAUCCUGCACGACAAGCUUGCUACAAUCUCUCCAGAGCUGGACCCCAGAUCUGGACAACGGCCACGCGGUCCACAUAGCCUUCAUCUACUUCCAGAAGGCGCUCGACACUGUGCCACACCAGGGUGUCCAGACACCAGACACCCUUGCUAUCAAAACUAGCGCCCUUGCCUAUUAAAACAACCGUUCAAGUGUAUCUGCUACAGACCCUAUAAAAACCGAGGGCGACUGACGCUAAAAACCCUGGACCAGCGGACGCCUUCUGGACGCCAUUGCUGAUCCUGCUUGGCCUCUGUAGCCCGGACCCGACAAGCUUUGCCUCUAAACGAGCCUGUCCGUCCAAUAGGAUAUCCCCGUGUUCUCGAUUUCGCCCGAAACUGACCCCAUUUUUUCGUCAUUAUAAAUAAUCCACAAACUCCUCUUAGGAAGCAAUCUUUUCUUCUCAAAGGAGAAAAGAAGGGACUCUACACGUAGCCUCCCCAGCUCUCUCUCUCUAGUUAUGAUCUUUACAGACGAAGCAUACCGUUAAAUCUUUGCAGUUAGAAUAAGUCCAACGAGAUGCGAUGGUUGACAGCUCGAGGUCCCCCAAAUAAAAAGUCGGGAAACAGAGGUAAUUGAACAUACUUUGCUAUAACAAGAAGGCGUUCACGAAACUCAGUAGGUAGUUGUAGCAUGCCGUCCCUAUCGGUCGAAAUAGGAUUGUUGGGGUUCUAAGCACCGGCAUGAAACGAAUGAGGGUUUCCGGCUUUCACGGCUAUGGACAACCAGCAAACAACCUGGCGUCGAUUGGUCGUUAGCUCUCGCCACUCUAAUAUCGACUCAUGCGCGACUCAAUCAACCGAUUGACAAGGAGUAAGCGGACUGAUGGCAGCAUGGGUAAACGGCCGCGCUGGCCAUCACCUGAGCAAAUUGUCACAGAUCUUCGUGAUAAAGGACACACUCACUGCCUCUUACACCGCGACUGGUUUGCGGAAGGCCCUGACGCUUUCUAUGAUAUAGAUAAGGCAAAUUAAUUUUAGCCAGUCUGGCUUCAGAGGACAAAGCUCCAAGACUUUCCUCUAUCUUUAAGACCCUCACCUAGACCGUCUUUAGGGUUUGGUGUUCGUUCUAAAGCUAAUACCGCCAGGCCUAAGCAACAUGCUCUAAGUAAGGCCAAACCAAUGAUCCACAAUAUUACUGAUCAAUUUGUACAAAAUUUCCUCACUACGAAUAUCACCCUUGUCGUUCGCUGAUCCCCGUGCAUGCAUUGUGCUUUAGUGUAGGCGAAGUGGUCGUCAGAAGACGGUCCUCCGGUUCCUAAACAUUCGUAACUGGGGUCCUUAAGUAACGUAUUGAAACGAAUUGGUUUACUCGCUCGAUCGUCUAGUUCGAAGUCUAAGUGUCACACACCUCUCACUGUUAACCUUUAGGAGCCAACGAACGGAGCAGCUGCUUGGCCGGCAGAGAAUCCACAGAUGUGUGCUUUAUCUGCGCCAUACUUGACGAUUCUUUAGAGUUUAACAUAGUCAGCAAACAUGCCAAAGCUGCAACCUAGGUUAUCGACAGUCGUUGAUUCGGACUAGUAAGAGUUACAGUUCAAGUGCUGUGUUGUGGGAUAUGACUGAAAAUAUAGAUAUGUGUAGGUUUUGAGGCGUUAACGCGCUCUGUGGACGGUCUUCCUAUAACGGACUCUGUGAUCCAGGUCAGCAGGUCGUAUUCAGGAAAGUUUGUUAAUUGGACGUUUUUCUGGAGUACUUUCCAAAGUCUUCCUAAAAUCCCCACGGGUGACGUCGAUCACUUUCCAUUCCUCUGUGCUCCUCUUACCUUUACCCCUUGCCCUUGGCUUUUGGCAGUUAAAAUAAUCGUGAUCUUCCCUGCAUGUUAUCCCAUUAAUAACAGUCCAUUUUACAAGAAAUUACUGACAGUUGAAAUGCAGACUUUGGACUUAAUACACUCACACUUUUUUGGGGCUGCGAAAAAUUUAUUCACGAAAUUGCGGAUCUUGAAUACAUUUCAGGCCUGAUAAUCUUCCUCGAUUUACGCAAUUUUCCAUAGUCCAGCCGUUUGUUUGAACGCGUGUGUCGUGCAGGAACCCAUGCUUCCAACUCGCUUCAUUCCACGUGGUGUCGGCGUUCUGCUCAUGUCAUUCUGUAUGGCGCUCCUGGUCGGUCACGGCGGGAAAGUCUCGUUCUGCUCUAUCGGCUGAAGGCCUUUGUAGUUGAUCGCAUUAAUAUCCACUUGUGCGGCAGGUAUGUACUACACCCGGUUUGUCGUAUUUUGUCUGAAAAUGAUGGUUUACCAUCUUUCGACUGAGUAGCUGCUGUAAGACUACAUACUGAGGUUACAUCUUAGCACCAAAGACUUUUCUUUAGCCCCUUCUAACUUAGAUUUUAUUUAGGUGAGCGAGGAAGGCUUCACACGUAAACGGCGGUUAAUUGCGAACCUUUAAGGUAAGCUCUCAAUGAUGGUUACCAUCUUUCGACUGACUAACUGCUGUCAAUUACUUACUGAGUUUUGCUUAAAUCCCAAGUUAUGCUGACUUGUGCCAUUAUUUUUAGAGAACUUUCCGGCUCAAGAGUUAAUCUGGUCUAAGAUGUGAUACCUUACGCUGUCUGCCGACGGUAAGUGCUACAUGAUGUCUUACCUACAUUAUCUUACCCGUGCCGAAGAAAUUUAUCCUGAGCGUAGCAUUGGUUCUCAUAUGUCCUUUAUUUCGUGUAGGUCCCUAUCGGCGGUUACCAGUCCAAGCAUGAAACAGGUGAGGGAUUGUGUACGCACUUUGGAACCGUGCGUUGUUUGUGUUUGUUCCCCAGUAAUCCUUAACUCCGUGUUUUUAACAAUCUGCUUAGUGCAUUGUGACCCACCAAAACAGCGCUUCACUUGGCUGAGGCGGUUAUCGGCGGGUAAUAUCGAAGGCUAUGGAAAACGGCUUGGUUUAAAAGCCAAGUCACCUGUCUGUAGCGACACGUCGCGUGUGCUAUGGACGCAUGUAAAUGUCCAUCUUCUUUUCGUCUAAUAGUUUUUUUUUCAUUUUAGGCGAGGCCAACUCCCGCAGCGUCUUGUAA